AUGGCUGUAUCACCCAAAUCCCGCACUGAAGGUGCAAUUUGGGGAGUCUGCGUCGCCGACGCCCUAGGCGGCCCUGUCCAAUUCAAAGACCCAAAUACAUUCGAACCUAUCACCGGUCUGAGAUAUGUGGCUCCAUUCAGACAACCCGCUGGCUCAUAUUCCGACGAUGGCUCCAUGACUCUAGCCCUAGCCAACUCCUUCGUCGAGUCUGAGAUGCAAUACAACCACAUCAUGUCAAUCAAGUUCUACGUUGAAUGGAUGACCCAUGGUCGAUUCAGCACUAUCGACCGUGCAUGGGAUAUGGGGUAUUCCACGCGCAAGGCCCUGUCAAUCUGGAAGAAAUCUCGCAUGGAGAAUAUCGAGGGUGCGCAGGCUCGCAUCGACAUCGAGUUGGAUUCCGAGGAGCGCUCGGGGAACGGGAGCUUGAUGAGGAUUGUUCCUGUUGGCGUUGUUUACUGGCGGGAUGUUCGGCUUGCGAGGGAGGUUGCCCGGGUUCAGGGUCGGGUUACGCAUCCUUCGCUUCCUUGUGUUGAGGCUUGUGAGGCUUAUACGGAGUUGGUUUGUGGGGUUAUGAAUGGUCAUACCAAGCAGCAGUUGUUUGAUACGUUUUCUGCUUUUCCUUUUACGCAUCGUGCUCUGAAAGAACGCAUGGCACAGUACAAGACGAUUUCCGACUGGACUGCCAAGACAUCUGAGCAUAUCACUAGUAGUGGAUGGGUUGUUGAUACACUCGAGGUUGCUCUGUGGGCAUUCUUCAAGUAUGAUUCUUGGAAGAAGGGUGCGUUGGCUGUUGUGAAUCGGGGAGGUGAUUCUGAUACUGCUGGUGCUGUUUAUGGAGGUCUGGCUGGUGCAUACUAUGGGGUUGAGUUCAUACCCCAGGAAUGGAAGGAUGGAAUGCAGAGGAAAGACUUCAUUGGGGGUAUUGCUAAUAAGUUGGCUCAAGGGCAUAAAGAACAGGCUAUCUGCAACACGACCCAGCGGAUAAGUCAUGAGACUGAGACCCCUGUCGUCGACCCGUCGGCUCUGACCUGGCAGUCCUCCGUAAAAAGUUCAAUUCCAACCAUCAACCAGAACAUCCUUGCAAGUACUCUUUGCUUCACCAACAGACCUGCCAGUUUCACUCGUUCUUCAAAAGAUCAACUGAGAACUCAACUCUCCCCAAUGUCCCAGGUCAAUGAGUCCUGUGUCUUCAUACCAAUAUCAUCCGAAGACAUCAAAACGUACGUGACUCAAGCUUGGGCAGAGGUGCGUCCAAUUGCCGAAGUGUUGCCAAAGUUCACAGGGUCGCACGAUUCUUUCCAAUAG